CAGCGAGGAGUACCACUUCUCGACAGAUCUGCUCGCCUCUGGUCUGUCACCGACAUGGUCUUCGAAAAUCAGUUUCAAGGGGAAGUGAACGGCCUCUCUCUCUAACCAUGUGAUCGAGUGCGCGUAGUUUCUAUUGUUACUAUUUGUUGAGGGGCUUGCUGAUGUUCUGGCUUUCCUUGAUCUUUCUAUCUGAACUGACUAACUAUGCUGGAAGGAAUUCAUUCGUGGGAUAUAGGAGCCGGUCGACACUGUGGAUGAUGAUUUUAUGCUUGUCUUCAAAUUCCCAAUACCGCCUCUCUGGGUAGCCACAGCGAUUUGCUGCGCUCUUGUGCCCGGACAAGAAACCUGCAAGCACGGGAGAUGCCUAUCAUAUAAAGUGUGCGGCACCACCACUGGGACCGCUAAACCCAAGACUCCCGUGCUACUCUAUAUGAACGAUACACUAAGGGUUACUAAUGAACAGGAACCAGAUGUGUGGUGGUACCGCCUCCGCCGUCGGCAGUCGCGAUGAAAACGAGGCCGUUGUGCCUUGGUGGCUUGAGCUCGGAGCAGCCGGUCGGCAUUUCGGACGGUGCAAUCCACGAUGCACUCCUUCCGCUGCAGGAGUAUGCAUCUUGGUGCAUGUCGCCGACACCGGCGCAGGCUACCUCUUCUGGGCACAUGCAGGCCCGACUCUAAUCCCUGGCUAUCUGAAGUGUAAAACACGACGUGUCUUU